AUGCUUGGCUUAAAGGCAUUAAUCCCCCUUUAAAUUGGAACAAAAUAUUGGUAAAAUUUCUACUUUUUUGGGUAACCUGUCAAUAGGAAAAUUUUAUAGAUAAAAAUACUAAAUAGUUUUGACCUUAUCCAAUGGAAAAAGUGCAAUAAAAUGUCAUUUAAAUAGUUUUCGAGCUGAUCGAUAAUUUUUUUAUGCAAUAUUCAUAAAAAUAAAUUUAAAUUCAACACAUUGUGUCAAUUUAUAAUUUUUGAAAAUUUUAAAAAAAAUAUUUAUGCCGAAAAUUUAAUAUAAUUUUUUUUAAAAUAAACCCUUUAUUUGGAACACAAUUUUUGGUUCAAUUUAAAGGAGGAGAAAGCAAGUUCAUAGGGUGUCUUUAAUUUUUAUAAUAAAUCUGAUUGUAAAUAUGUCAAAAUUUUCUUUUAGAAAACUUUUUGUUUAUGGCAGCUCACUUCUCUUCGGAUUUUUUGUCAUCAAAUAUGCAUUCCAUCUUAUUAAAACUGAGAAAGUUAUUACAAUUUUUGACACUGUUCCAUUCAUUCAAUUUCCAAUUACCUUAAAAAUAGCUCCAAAGGCAUUAAAUUUUGCAUUUAAAAUUAAAACAAGCGAUCUUCAUUCAGCUGCUAUAAAGCAAAGAAUAAUAUACAGACCCAAUGCAAAUGACUUGCCGAAAAUUUAUUUAAAUUUUGGACUGGAUUAUGGAUCUGACUAUGGCAAAAUUAUUUUAUCAACAUUAUGCGAAGAAGUUUCUAAAUUAUUGAUAGAGCAAAGCUCAGCUCAAGAAAUUUCUAUUAAGAAAGAAGAAAUUUCACAGCAAAUUAAGAGCAAAAUUACAUUAGAAGCUCAAAAAUACUUUCUUAUUAUUGAUGACGCUAUUACUCAAAUCGAUAUUUAA